UUGGCCGUGUCUUUCCAGGGGAGGAGGAGGGGCACUCCCAUCAAGACUGAGGCCAAGGAGCCCUCCAAGCUGGACAAGAUCAGGGAGGAGCGGCAGAGGGAGGAGAGCCGGGCAGGAGAGACCAGCGGGGAGGAGCAGAGGGAGAGGCCCGACCUGGGAGAGCCCCCGGGGAAGAGACGCAGCCACCGCCAUCUGGACGAGUCUGACAAGGAGUCGGAGGAUGAGGAGCAGGAGGAAGAGGAGGAUGAGGAGGAGGAGGAUGAAGACGGGGAGAGGAGUCAACACAGAGAAAGGGGCGAGGAGGAGGAGGAGGAGGGCGACUCUGUGACGGGGACUAAGGUCCGGGUGAAGUACGGCCGAGGGAAGACCCAGAAGAUCUACGAGGCCAACAUCAAGAAGACAGAGAGUGAUGAGGGCGAGGCGCUGUACCUGGUGCACUACUACGGCUGGAACGUCAGGUAUGAUGAGUGGGUGAAAGCAGACCGGAUCAUCUGGCCCGUGGACAAAGGUGGAACAAAGAAGAAACAAAGAAAGAAAGUGAAGAACAAAGAGAAAGAAGAAGGGGAGAAGGAGGACGACAAGCAGGGGAAGACAGGGGUGAAGAGGGGCCGUCCUCCCAUGAGGACCACCCCCCCCAGCGCGGGCCGCAGCGUGUCCAAAACGCCCAGCAACGAGGGCCGCUCCAACAGCAAGAGCAGCCGGCUGUCAGACACCUCGUCGCUCCCCAACGGAGAGGGAACCCCUCGCAGACGGACGAGGAGGACGUCUGGGAUGUACGACUCUGACAAAGAGUCUAACGAAGAAUCCGUAAACUCGUCAGACGACAGCGAAUCAGAGGACUCCCCUGAAAAGAAGCCGGCGUGGGCGGAGCGUACCGACCCUGCCACGGCCAGGAAGCAGGAAGAGGAGGAGGACCGGAGGGUGGAGAGAGUCAGAGCCGAGGCUGCUGCCGCCGCCGCUGCCGCCGCUGCUGCUGCGGCUGCUGUUGCUGCGGCAACCGCUGCUCAGCCCCUGCCGUGUCCCAGCAUGCCCCAGGAGCAGACAGAUGUCGACAAACUUCAGUCAUCGGAGAGGCGGGAGGCAGAGAGGACAGAAGAGCCGGCUGCCGCGUCUCCCGUGACAGAGAAACAAAACAAAAUGUCUCCCGUUUCCGAGAAGCAGCUUAUCAAAAUGUUGCCCGUACCAGACAAAAACAAAACGUUGCCCGUCUCGGAGAAGCCACUCAACAAAAUGUCACCCGUUUCCGAGAGAAACAAGAUGUCUCCUCUUCCAGAGAAGCCAAACAAGAUGUCUCCUCUUCCAGAGAAGCCAAACAAGAUGUCCCCUCUCCAAGACAAGACCAAAGAGGAGGACGGCAAGACGCCUCCGACGCCCCUCUCUCCCAGGACGAAGGGUCGGAGGAGCCUCUCCAGAGAGGCUGGGUGUGACACCCCCACCAAGAUCCCCAGCAGCAACCCCCCCACUCCCAACCACACCGAGGCCUCCGACGCCCUGUCGCCCGUCCCCCGCAGCCUGCUCAAGAGGCAGGACGAGCCCAUGGUGGUGCUGCACUGCCUCCCCAGCCAGCAGCUCCCGGAGCCCCACGCCGACUCGGACACCGACUCGGCCCCCGAGGAGGAGGACGAGGAGCUGGCCUGCAGGGAGGAGCGCGUGAUGGGCGUGGCCAAACGCAAAGCCACCGAGCAGAGGACGCCGGACAAGAAGGUCCGACUGGAACGGAGAGACGAGGUCAAGGUGGCCGCCUCUCCCAAGACCCUCUCCAGCUCUCCGCUGAAGAGGCUCGAGGCCGAGAGGAGGAUGGAGAUGGGAGCGAAGGGAGAGGAGCACCCCAAGAUGCCGGAGGGCCACAAGGAGCGAGCGGAGGACUGCCUCUCCGCCGCCAAAGAGCAGGACAGCAGAGGGGAGAUGCCCUCCCUCACUCUGGAAGUGCAGCGUUGCCAAAACGACGCGUCGUCGGGAGGAGCGGGCCCGGCGUCGCAGCGGCAGGGCCCCACGGUGGAGGAACUCAUGCCCCAGAUAGGCCCCGAGGCGCUGGUGUGUCACGAGGUCGACCUGGACGACCUGGACGAGAAGGAGAAGCCCGCCACUGGCGAGGAGCUGCUAAUGAUGAUGAGCGAACAGCAGCCUCUCCCCAUCCUGCACCACCAUCAGCACCACCACCACCACGCCGCCCCAGCCGCGGGUCCCUCGGCCCCCCCAGCCCCGGCCAGAGUCUGCCCCCCCACCGUGGCCUCCAGCCCGGACGAGUCCCACAGCACGCGCAGCGAGAGCGACGUGACCAUCGAGGUGGACAGCGUCGCCGGGGAGAACCAGGAGGGGCUGGGCGAGAACGAGUCCACGCAGGGCUUCGACGCCAGCGCCAGCUCCUCCAACUCCAGCCUCUCUCUGGAGGGCAAGGACCGAGGCCAGAAGAGGCUGAUGGACUGCAACAGCAGCUCCUCCGCCAAGAAGCAGAAACGCAACCAGAAGCGACCAAGCACAACCUCCAAGAUGGAGAAAAACGGAGCAGGUCACAGCAGUGACAGUGAGGACUUGACGUUACUGGACUCCAGUAAGCUGACUCCAGUCAAGCACUCGUCGUCCCUGUCCAAGGCCCAGAAGCUGUCGCGCUCCCCGGGCCUGUCGCCCCACAGCAAGGACCUGGACAAGCACAAGGACAAGCAGGGCUUCCCCUCACCACGCACCUACAAGUGGACCUUCCAGCUAGCGGAGCUGGAUAGUAUGAACAGCACUGAGAGGAUCUCCUUCCUCCAGGACAAGCUGCAGGAGAUCAGGAAGUACUACAUGACCCUCAAGUCCGAGGUGGCCUCCAUCGACCGACGCAGGAAGAGACUGAAGAAGAAGGAGAGAGAAGUGUCUCACACAACGGCCUCCACCUCCUCUGGCUCCUCAGAUACAGGCAUGAGCCCUUCGUCUGCCUCGCCUACCCAGAACACCGUGGCGGUCGAGUGCAGGUGAUGGCACGCCUCCUCUGGCCUGGCCACGCCCCCCCCCCCCCUCUGCCUUCCCAGCAUCCCGCUGCCUCAGAUGGACAUGCAAGAGAAAGCAGCCUAAAGCACUCAACUGCCCCCAUGCCCCUCCUGGCCCUGCCUCACCUUCUCCCAGUCCCAGCUGCCAAGCGGUGAUCCCCACUUCCUGCCCUCUUCCUGUCUCCAGUCACCUGUCUCCGUGGCGGAAAAUGGACUCUCCCAUGUGAGUUGAAUGUAUGAUGGAAUGAAACUCCCUCCAUGGCCCCUGGAUUCUUCCCUGAAGCCCUCUCUCUCAUGCUCUCUCACUCUGACUCCAUCCUCAAACUGUCCAAGGCACUUUCCCCUCUCCCUCAUUGUUGUCAACCACAAAAGUAACAACUACAAAAGUAACAACCUUAAAGUCCUGAACACAUGGACCCGACGAGGAUGCAGUAAUAACCAGUAUGUUCCGGUCAGCAGAACUCGAGACAAAAUACAACGUUCAAGUAGAGUCCCGAUGUGUUGAUAAUGGUCACUUAACCAGCUGGACAUGGUUUUGUAUAAAGGUCAAUUCUGUUCACUUCGCUGCCAAAGUACACAUGUUACAGCAGUGUCCUGUUUUGGAGAAGUGGGACAAGUUCAGUCGUGGAAGGGUCAUGUAGUUCACUGAAAACAGCUAUUGUUGUCUUCCACUUAAGCAGUGUAUCAGCACAGAUAAUUAUGCAAACUAUUUUUCUGUUCUCUUUUUAAGAAAAUUAAAAUGAAAAGUAAAAAAAAAAGUUACAUUGCCAGUGGAACACAGGAAGAAUCCUUUUUGGUGGACUAGACUCCCUUUCACGAGUGUAUUUUGUCUUUUUGUAUGUAAUCGCAGAGUUUUUAUUUUAGUAUGGAAAAUUUCACAAAGUAUAUAUCACAGUCGUGAAGUUUAUUUAAUGAAAGAUUUCUAGACCUGAAUUUUUUGUGUAAAAUAAAGGUAUCUUGCAACUUGUUAAAUAUAUUUAUUCUGUCCGUGGACAUCUUUUUGUAUGUUUUACAAUAGAGAAUCCUUCCACAGUUGGGACGGUGGGGAUAGUAUGACGUUGAAUGAAUGUCGUGUGCUCAUCCUAAAUCUCAGCAAGAAUAUGUUGUUUCAAUUGGGUAGCUACUGUGCAGUACGUAUGCCCCCUCCCCCCUUCAUUUCAAUAGGGCCCAAGUCUGUCCCCUUUAUCAUUUGAUCAUACUAUUUCAGGGUGACACCAUAUUGUGGUGGCCUUCUUUCUCACCAUGUAUUUUGCUUGUAUUCAUAUUUCUUGGUACUCUGUUAUAAAUUAAACAUCUAUUCUUAUUUUUGACAUUGAGUUCUGACCAAUCAAAUAAAACCUUUGCUAAAGGAACAUGUAUUUCAAACCCAGGGGUUUCAUAUGAUUGUUUCUUUUGUACAUAAAUCUUCCAAAACCAUGUAUUUGAAAAAUACAUUUUACAAACUGUAAAGAAUGAUUUAUAUUAUUUUUUAAAACCAUCUUUGUACCGGUAUAUUAAGAACAUUUUCUUUUUCUAUGUCACGUUGGUAGAAGCAUUAGUAUACAUCUGUACUGUAUAUACUGUAUACUGAACCUGUGAGUUUCAGCCUGAUGUGGUGCAGAGAGAAAUGAAACAGAAAUGUUUUAUAGACUUGGUUCCUUGGUGAAAACCCUCUUCCUAAAGUGCUCAGUAUAUCCAGGGGGUCUGGAUGAAGGAAAGGAUGACAAAUCUGAGUUAGCCAUUGUAUCUUUAUGUAAAAUAAACAGAGCUCUCUUCGUUUCUAAUAAAGUUUUUAAAUAUUGA